AUGUCGUCCUCCACGAACGCAGGUAGUUCCAGCUCGCGCUCCUCCAACACGGGUCUGCAUGCUCGCACGGGGUCGAUCAAGCGCACGCCUUCGGAUCUGUCGAGGGACCUCGCUUCGGUCGACUUGCCCCCACCCUCGGCGAUCACCGCGGCCGAGAGCCAGAGCAAGAACUCGCAACGUCGCAACACGGUCGAGAAGGAGUUGAACGAGCUCGACCUCGAUGAACCUGAAGGUCAGUCGGUGUGGGUCGGGCGAGCUUGCGUCUUGGGAGGCUGGCUACGGAGAGAAGGCGGCAUGAGUCAACGCUUGACAGUCAUCAUCGGAAGGAGAGCGAUGAGCAUCGUUUCAAUCUGUGCGACUGCCAUCACAGUCAUGACGCCUACCUGGUGCUUCGAGCUCGAGGUCAUGUGUUUUCCCGGACUAGGCGCUGCGGGAAGGCGAACCAGUCACGCGGUCCUUGGUCCCUCACGGCCCGGAACAUCCACACUGACAUGCGCCAUCAUCCCGUGUGACUCUAGCUCUGAGUAUGGCCUCGCGUCGACGAAUCGACGAGGCUACCCAGGACGCAGUCGCACAAGCCAUGGCCUCGCUCGAGUUGGGCAUCCCCGAACGAAUCGCUCGUGCCAGUGCUCGCGCCGAUGGAGCCAAGACGCCAAUCCCACCGUGAGUUGUUGUCGUCGACUCGGGCUCAGAAGAUGUCUCACGCCUGUUCGCGGACAAAUCCUCGCAGUCAACGCACCGAAGCCGUCGCUAUCGAGGUCUCCUCCCCGACGCUCGAAUCCUCCGACUCGAACAACCCCUUCUCCGCCGCUGCCGCCCAAGCCGACCUCGACGCACAAGCAGUAGCCGGUGCAUCGUCCGAGACCCCGGCUGCUCAAGUCGUCACCCCCUGGGAUGUCCAAGGCGCGACCGUCGAGGGCAAGCAAGUGCGUAAAGUAGACUAGAGCUUUUCAUCUCAGAUUCUCGACCGUUUCUUCUGCCUCUUUCACGAUUUACGACACGUCGAUCAUUAUGCCAUCUUCAUGCACAAACGCACACCCUUGCACAUUUUUGGAAUGUACCGGGAGCCCCGCGUGCAAUCGCACUCUUCGGAUUCACAAAGUGCCCCGGGACGCCUACACAUUUUUGCGCUCCGUUAUUUGGACAGCCCUUUUCUCAUGCAGACUUCUUCACCGUCCCCUUACCUUGCCUUUUCUAGGUCGCUAUCGACUACGACCAUCUCAUCAAAGACUUUGGGACCCGAAAGAUCGACGACGAACUGCUGAAGCGAUUCGAGAAGCUCACGGGGAGGAAACCCCACAUGCUGCUGCGACGUGGCACCUUCUUUUCCCAUCGGCAAGUUUACUCGUUCGCACCCCUCGACCAAACUCUUCCAAGCUCAUAUCGCAUUGAAUCGAAACCACAGAGAACUUAAUCUUAUCCUCGAUCAAUACGAAAAAGGACUACCUUUCUACCUCUACACCGGCCGAGGCCCGAGUUCAGACAGCUUGCAUCUCGGCCAUAUGAUCCCCUUUGUCUUCACCCAAUGGCUUCAGGAGGUCUUUGACGUUCCUUUGGUCGUACAAUUGACGGGUAGGUCCCGUCUGGACGUCCUUGGGAAGCUUUCUCAGUAUGCUCAGUCGACGCUCUUGAGUCCAAUCAGACGACGAGAAGUUCUUGUUCAAGCCCGACCUCAAGCUUGAGCAGGUGGAAAAGUUUGCCUUCCAGAACGCCAAGGAUGUCAUCGCGUGUGGUUUCAAGCUCGAAAAGACCUUCAUCUUCUCCGACCUCGACUACGUGGGGUCAGUGCCGCAACGGUGUGGGAGAAGAGCAGAAGUGCACAUACUGACCUUUGCUGGAUGCCCACAUCUUUCUCGGCCUGCAGAGGUGCUUUCUAUCGCAACGUUGUCCGGAUUUCGAGGUUGAUUACGGCAAGGCAGUCGCAACAAACCUUCGGGUUCAAGCUCGAGUAAGUAGACCGAGACGGGGAGUCUCUCUUCAGAUCAGGCGUACUAAGGUCAUUCUUUGCCUCGGCGGGUCCUCAGGGACAACGUUGGAAAGUGGCACUUUGUUUCGAUUCAGGCCGCGCCAUCCUUCUCAAGCUCGUUCCCCCAGAUCUUUGGCACCAAAACCGACGUCCCUUGCCUGAUCCCCUGUGCGAUCGACCAAGACCCUUACUUCCGCCUGACGCGCGAGGCCGCCCCUCGUCUCAAGUACAAGAAGCCGGCGUUGAUUCACGCCAAGUUCAUCCCUUCUUUACUCGGUGCGCAGAGCAAGAUGUCGGCCUCGAUCGAUUCAACCAGUAUCUUCAUGACCGACACCGCGAAGCAGAUCAAGGACAAGGUCAACAAGUACGCAUUCUCGGGUGGACAGACCUCGGUGGAGGAACAUCGUCGGAUCGGCGGGGAUCCCGACGUCGAUGUCUCGUACCAGUACUUGACGUUCUUCUUGGACGAUGACGAGGAGCUAGCUCGUAUCUCCGCUGUGAGUGACUGAACGGGUUCAGAUCCUAUGUGCACUCCAUCCCCGUCCAUCCCUUUACACAGUCAUUCAAUGCCCGCUUCUUCAUCGCAGGAUUACCGUUCGGGCAAGUUGCUGACGGGUGAGCUCAAGGCGAUGACGAUCAAGUUACUGCAAGACUUUGUCAAGGGAUUCCAAGACGUAAGAACGAAUUGUCCCAGAAUUAAGCCAAACUCUUAGAGCCUAGGGACUGACACCGAGUGGGACUGUGUUCGUGUUGCAUCACAUAGCGCAAAGCAGCUGUCACGGACGACAUUUGCCGCUCGUUCAUGGACGGCACACGCAAGAUCGACCCGACCGUCGUACCGCGUGGAACGGACACCACCACUGCUACUCCCCCUACCCUUUAA